AAUUCAUAUUGUCUCGAGAUUGUGAUCCUUUUUGUCCGUGAAUGGGGCUAUUACUUGAAUAGGUGUCACCAUCAAAAUUGUGCGAUUUCAAAUGAUAUCUUUUCCAUUUCUCUUUCUCUAUAUCAUGAAUCUGUUUUAUCAAGUUAUCAAGUUUAUUUUCUGAUUUUGCUAUUGUGGCAAGAAACAAAAUAUAACAAGCUUUAUAACAAAAAUAGGCUGAGUCAGACCAAGUACAUUUAUUUACAUUUAAAUUUACAUUCUUAUUGAAUUACUUGAUUCCUUUGGUUUAAACUUUCUUGCUAAUCUCGCUAUUCUUGUGGUUAUUUUUUUUGCUGAAUGUUUUCCAUUGUAUUAGCUAUUAUUUUAACUCAAGUUCAUCGCUCUCUUUUCUCUUUGCUGUUAAUGGUUGAUUGGCUCUUAUGAAACUUGCUGUCACUACUGCAACUACCAACAUCAUCAACAACACCAAUAUCAAACCAACACUACCAGCAUCACCAACAUUCAUCUUAAAAAAACAUCACUUGCUAACAAACUGUUGAAAUCAAAAAAUUGUUGUAAACAACUGUUAAAGUCAUUCCUAUCUUCAGUGUUCUCAACACACACUUAAAACUGAAUUACUUCACAGCUAAUUUAUAAUUAUAUUGUGUUUAUGUUGUGCUAAUAUACAGCAAUAAUUAAUAGGUGUAUCAAAAGGCAACGGAUUAACUAAUUUGGCUUCAAACCAUAAGGGGUUAGUUGUUGAUCAAGGUUACUUGUUAUCAACCGGUGUGACAAUUCAAUUGAAAAGAGUAAACAGCUGACUGUGGAUUUUGUGCUACCAAUUGACGACCGUUUCAAGUGUGAAUUCGGCUCUUCCGGCAUUAAUACUGGUGCUGGUGAAAAUAUUAUAGCUAAAAUUAUCCAUGGGAAGGACAAGUUUAUCGUCGAGUUAAAAUACACCGAGAAUAAUCGACAUUUUUUCACCGAAGUCAAUAAAGCUCAAGAUGUUUUCCUGUGUAAAACUAACUCUUCAUUUGAUUGGUUAUAUCGAUCCUAUGACUGUGCAGCCCCUUCGAAUUUAGACGAACGUUUAUCAUCAAAUAUUGCUCAAAAGCCGUACAUUAAAGAGGAAAUGAACUCAUCAACCAAGAAUACCAAAAACAAUAAUGAAUUUACCUCUUCAUCAGAAACACUUAAUACUCUCCUAUCCAACCAUCCCAAUACCGGUAUCACUUUAUCAACUUCAACUGCCCAUGGCAAGGAGAGUGAUCGAAAUGGAAGUGGUAAAAUCGGUAAAAGUAGUUUCUACGUAAACGAAAUAGAAUCUCCAGAUGACCUGAGUAACAUACCUCGAGACAUAGUGGCCAUGGGAGGAGCGUCAUUAGCUGCCCGUGAGACAAACAUACGGCUUAAGAUGGCCAUGUUAGAAGAUCAAUUCAUGGAAUUAAAAAGUUUCAACCUUUUCAUCGGAUCUUGGAAUGUGAAUGGUCAAAAUUGUUCAGUAUCAUUAGGGGAAAAUUGGCUUGCUUGUGAUCCUUCUCCUCCUGAUAUCUAUGCCAUUGGUUUUCAAGAGUUGGAUUUAUCUAAAGAAGCAUUUGUUUUCAAUGAUUCAACUCGAGAAGAAGAAUGGUUACAAGCAUGUACGCUCAGUUUACAUCCUGGUGCUAUUUACGUUAAAGUAAAGCUUGUCCGGUUAAUCGGGAUGAUGCUCAUAGUUUUUGUUAAAAGAGAGCUCGAAGAACAUAUAUCAAAUGUUGCUGCAGAGACUGUGGGUACAGGUAUUUUGGGUAAAAUGGGUAACAAAGGUGGUGUUGCGAUUAGAUUUGAUUUCUACAAUACUUCGAUGUGUUUUGUCAACUCUCACCUUGCAGCUCACGUUGAAGAAUACGAAAGACGUAAUCAAGAUUACAAUGAUAUUUGUAAUCGAAUGAUUUUCAGUCAAUUCAAACCCCCAAAGUAUAUAAAAGAUCAUGAUCAAGUUUAUUGGUUCGGAGACUUAAAUUAUCGUUUAAUGGAUCUCAAUCGCGAUCAAGUGAAACGAAUGUUAGAGGAAAAAGCUUUUGAUGAAUUGUUGAAACAUGAUCAAUUAAGGGACCAGUGGAGAUUAAAACGUAUUUUUCAUAAUUUCAAAGAAGGACCAAUCAAGCAUCCUCCAACAUAUAAAUACGAUCCAGGAACAGAUAAUUGGGACUCAAGUGAGAAAAAUCGACCGCCAGCUUGGUGUGAUCGUUGUCUUUGGCGAGGUGAUUCAAUAGCAUUACUGGAUUAUAGAAGUCAUGCAAGAUUAAAGCUCAGUGACCAUAAACCAAUAAGUGCUCUUUUCGAAUCAUCAGUUAAAGUAAAAAAUCCAACUAAAUUCCGUAAAGUGUAUGAAGAGGUGAUGAAAAAGAUGGACAAAAUUGAAAAUGAAUUUUUACCACAAGUUUCGGUCGAUCAAAGUGAAAUCAAUUUCGGUCGUGUAACUUUCCGUGAAUCUGUGCAGCGUUACUUAAGCAUUGCCAAUACUGGUCAAGUUCCAGUUCGAUUUGAAUUCAUUCAAAAACCUAAUGAAGUUCGUUUUUGUAAGCCUUGGCUGCAAAUUCAACCUUACGAAUCAACAAUUAAACCAGGAGAUAAACUAGACGUAGAACUAAAAGUAUACGUUGACAUUGAAUCUGCUCAAAAAUUAAACUCAGGACUUGAAGAGAUUUAUGAUAUUUUGGUGCUACAUUUGGACGGAGGAAAAGAUCUGUUCAUUGAAAUCAAAGGAAGUUAUAAACCUUCAAGUUUUGGCUCUUCAAUUGAAACACUAGUUCGACUUAAAAUUCCUAUCGAUGAGAUGCCCGCCAACGAAUAUCAUGAACUACAACAGAAGGGUGAAUUUUCCUCGGCUCCAGUUUCAUGGGGAAUACCCAAAGAAAUUUGGCUCCUUGUUGAUCAUCUAUUCAAAUACGGUCUCAUGCAAGAAGACUUAUUUCAACAACCAGGACUCGAUACACAUUUCCAAACAAUUCGUGAAGGUCUAGAUAAGGGAUCGUUAGAAGGUUUCACUGCAAGUAUUCAUUCGGUGGCUGAAGCUCUAUUAAUCUUCCUGGAAGCACUUGCUGAACCUUUAAUACCUCAUAGUUUAUAUAGUAGAGCCCUUGAAAAUUACCAUAAUUUCAUCGCUUGUAAACAGGUAAUCAACGAGAUGAGAGAUACCCAUCGACGAGUUUUUUACUAUUUGAUCUCGUUUAUGCGUGAAUUAUUAAGGCAUUCAAAAUAUAACAACCUUGAUAAUAAAAUGCUUGCCUCUAUUUUUGGGGAUAUAAUUUUAAGAGCCCCACAACAGGCACAACCAAAUCAAAAAGGAAAUCAUCAGAAUAAUAUUCAGGAAAUCGAGAAGAAAAAAGCCGGUUUUAUUCACCACUUUCUAGUUAAUGAUUUUGAUCCAUGAGCUAAUUUAGCACAAUACAAUAUUGUAAAUAUUGUUUAUUGUCUAAUCUGGUGUGAAAAAGUGGUUACACAAAUUAUGAAUCAACCAUCAAUCAAUUGUCGCUUGGCGAUUAAUUUUCAUCCUGUGAAAGCUUUCGUACACCUUCAUUCAAAUUUUCACCGUUAUCAUUAACAAUGCCUACAUCAUUGAAGGGGAUGUUUCAUCAUGUAAUUUAAGCCGCGAAAGAUGUUAAUGAGCGAUGAUUUUUUACUUUAAUCUAAUCACGCAGAAAGUCUUGGAUCAGACUUUCUUUUUGUUUGUACAGUUACGGAAUUUUUUAUCUUAUAGGACUAAGAUUUGUAAACUCAGAAGAAAGAAUAAUAAUGUAAUACAAUACGACUUUUAAAAAAUCAUCUAAUGAUGUUUCUAUGCUAGAUAAAGCGCAAACUACUCAACUGAUCUUUCUCGAAUAUGAUAAAGAUAUAUCUAUUUGAUUGGAUGAAAGCCAAUCAGUUAUACUCAAAAUUACGAUUUUUCAAUAAAACUCAAAAUUUACGUUUUUA